AUGGACUCUCCUCCGCCUCCUCCGGACCCGCUAUACGCGUCCGACGAUGCAUCGUCCUCGUUCCGUGGAGCCCUCGUCGAGCCACCCUUCGGUGAUGGCGGAACGGUAGCGGAGCGUCGGCGUCGCUGGGGACCACCCGCCGUUGGGACUCCACGACAGUCAUGGGCACCGAGCGAAGCAUUGGAGCUGCGGCGACGACCAGCCGCACUUUUAUUCGAUCGCCCCGAACGUGGACGGGUACGACGUUCGAUCGACAACUUGACGACUAUUGGAGGUGGAGAACGUCGACGACUAGCACCGGAAAUUCCUUCCGUGCCGCAACAUUUGCUGCCUUCCGCAGCCGACAGCAAUCUACACUAUUACAGAGUCGUCUACCGUGGGGUCGUCGCGCUGCUCUCCGAACCGGUCCUUUCCGCACCCAAGAGUACGCAAUACGUGGGAUACGGAGAAAUUUUCGCCUCAAGGUCCACCGUCCCGAUUGAUGACGAUACCACCAGGGCGAAUUCGGCCAUUCGUGUUGAUUCUCUCUUGACAGGAGGCUACGCUGUCGACGCCGCACCCCAGACGCUGGCGGACGACACUCCCAAACAUUCCAACACGGGAGGCGCCGCCAUUCCCUAUUCAGCGCCGUCGCUGUCCCAUCCGACACGGCAGGAUGGGCAUCGUACCAACGCACCUAUCGGAUAUCUAUUGGCGCACACCAAUGGUGAGACGAUUGUCGAACCUCUCCAUACCGUACCGCACGCCGAGGAAGGACUCUUUCGUUACAAGAUUGUGUCGACUACGCCACUACCUGUAUUGACGGGUCCAUCCCGGAAUGCGCCCAAGACCAAAGCCGUGAUGCUACCCGGAACGGUUCACGAAGUAUCCCUGCGCAUCACUGUUGAUAAUGACGGCGUAAUUUUUCUCAAACUCAGUCACCGUCGGGGGUGGAUGGCCGAUCGGAAAAUUGUUACUACUCGCGACGGUCAACCGCAAUCAAUCCCUGUUGUCCAGGAAUUGAUAUCACCGGUCAUGACGGACGUUUCGGACGAUGGCAGCAUCAGUGUAUCGGCCUUGUCCGUUCUUUCUACUUUUUCGAUUGCCGCUCCCUCAAAUGCCGCUCGACGUAGGCAUCGGCCACCCCGUCGCCGCAAAGAUGCCGACGCGAACGAAGCGUUGAUGGACAAGUCCUUGCCCCGACACAUUGGUGGGAGUCGAUCCCUACACGCGACCAAUUUAAUGGCCAAAGCGUCCAAACACAACGAUGGCCUUUCUUCAAAUGUCUCCAUCUUGUCCGACGAGUCGUCCUUCGAUCAACUACCAACCACCGCGCUCCGACACGGAAUGCCAUCCUCGACGGACGUAUCGCACGCUACGUCCAAGAGUAUCGUUUCCGUGUCUCCGGUGACACAGAAAUUUUAUCUCCUGCGGGUCACCGCUCCACGGGGUCUUAAAAUUCUCGACGCCCCGCAAUUCCAAGUCAAUACCCUCAUUCAUAGAAAAUCCGCGUCGCACAGCGUCGCCUCCCCGCAAAAGAUGCCUCCACCGGAACCGCACGGGUCCACGACCCACCAGUCCAUUUUUCAUACCAUGGCAGGACGCUCGGCGACCACUGCCACGAGCAAAUCCGGCAAUCCUGCUGUCUUUGACUCAAGCUCGAAAACUCGCGUACUACCUCGGGGAGCCUUUUUCGAGGCAUCUAAGCGAAUGGAAAAUACCGGAGCCUUUAGUCAAGGCGCCGGGUUGAUUAAAUUGUCGGAUAACAGCGGAUGGGCUAUUGUUCCUCGUCAGGACGAACUUGAUCACCAGUACCGUCACUAUUCUGGAGGUGUGGCAACGAUUAAGCAAGGCGAAGCAUCCCGUGCCUACCAAGAAGUGGGCAACGCUGUCUUGGAAUCGCAUGCUGUGGAAGCGUCCGUUGCCGAGCGAUUGUCGUCAACCGUGUGGAUUCGCGUCCGGACCCGGGCCGGACUUGCAGUCACAUGUCCACCCCCAGUGCUCCCCUUGGAUGAUGACAAUACAUCCCCCACUUCAUCGCGCGAGUCUUCUGCCAUUACCGGAUCUAACCACGGCUCAAACUAUGGACCACUGAGCAAUCUGGAUUCCGACGUGGCGUCGUCCGUUGGCAGCGCCUUUCUGGACGCUGUGUUUCGUACCCCCAAAAAGUCCGCCCCGGAAAUACCAGUGGAGCUGGCCGCCAAAUCCAGUAAUUUCGACAAGAUGCAAUUAUCAACAACAAUUGCAUGCGGUGUUUGUUUGGAAGUUGAAAAGUGGACGGAUCGGUCCCCGGAUCGUACCGGAGUCGAGUAUGCCCGCCUGCGCGGCGGCCAGGGUUGGUUGCCGCUCUCCAUUGCAGGCAAGGCCACCUACGAGGUAGUGUGCAAACCCGACGUUCGGUGGGGAUCGUUCUGGUUCCGCGUACAAACCGCCCGCGGUGUCAAGGUUCGCUGGGGUCCGUGUCAGCGGGCUCCACCCAUCAAAUCCGGCGACGGCAGCGAGUACUUUCGUUUCGAAUGCGGUGAAUUUCUGAGGGCCUCCGAAAUAUUAACCGUAUUUUCGCAGGCUGGCGAUCCAAUUGAGUGCUUCGCCAAAUUGUACCGCAAUCGCCACGUCCGGUGGCAUACGGGUCAUGAUAGUUUCCGGCAACUUCCAAGUCUGACGACGCAAGCAGAAUGGGUACAGGUCUUUGGUCCGGAAGAUCUGUUUCUUGACGAGUGUGCGGCCGAACCUCGGAUCGAGCGACAUGCGCAGGGGUGGCGGUACAAUGUUGUGCCCGACGCGGGAGUGGCGGUUCGCAAGGGACCGUCAUUUGCGGCCGAGACGACCCGUACUGUACUGCUCGGUGGUGAGAGUGUGGUCGUGACGGAACGCGUGUCGCCCGCCGGUGAUGAGACUGUCUGGCUGCGACUGAAGGAUGUUCCGGGCUGGGUCCAUGACGUGAACGAGGUCGGCGAACAGGUAAUGCUGGCGCACUCUUUGCGGCACCGAUCGCGAACGUCCGCUCGGGUACGACAAGCGGGACAACGCGAUGAAAUAGCCUACAACACAAUUGUGGCGCGAUUAUUUCACAGCGACGUUCCCGGAGACAGCUAUCGUCCGCCCAGGAAUUUGAAAGGAUCCAGAGGUCACCGGUAGGCAUUGUUUGAACAUGUUAACAGUAAGUCAAAAGCAUAUUAAAUUCUCUGUUUGACAUUC